GAAGCAAGCAAUAUUGUGGCUGGAGGGCGAUCUCAUCCGAUCGAAGCAGAAGCAGCGAGUGGUUGAUGGGAACAUUAACAGAGUUCUCUGUGGCCUGAAGGACAUUUCAAUCAGUGACAGCCUGAACAAAGUUCAAGACUUGGAUCAGUACAGGGAGGAUGAGUCUGAAGACAAGGCAGGUGUGGAAGAUCCGAAUGGCAUGACGCAGGGAGAUAAGCUGAACGCCUUAAAGAGCCGGAGACGUCUGUGCUCUGCCUCCACUGGAGCUCUAAGGCUGCCAGAAAUGAAGCUGCACACCAGGUCCAUAUCACAACCCUUCAGACUGAACACUUCGGGCAGCACGGAAGGAUCCAUGUCUCCUCUGAAGGCCUCCAAAGUGAUGGCAGUUAAUUCAUCAUCUGCAGAAAGAAUAGGCAGAAUUCCCGCCUCCUUGGGCUCCAACCUUAAAAGCGUUUCCAUAACCUCCAGACUAGCCAGUUCUCUAGGGAACCUGUAUGCUGCUGCAGACGAUGAUGAGAGCAAAAUGACAUCAUUGUCCUCUAGGACAGGUUUUUCUGUAAGCCAAAUCUCCAGCCACUUGAACGGCAGCUCGCAGCUGCCUCACAGAAAUGUCCAUGAACUGAACAACAACUUGUACAACAGGAGCAGCGGUAGUGGCACCAACCUGAGCAGCCAAACCACCCCUCACAGCGCCGUGACAGAUGAGUACGCAUCAGCCUUCCUUUACGGGCCCUACGGCACCUCCAGCACGAUACCAGAGUCACUCAAUUCCUUCCCUUCAGCCUGA